AUGUACUAUAUUUCUAAAGGUGAGCCUAUAUGUCUGCCGUUUCUGCUUUUCAACUAUUUGAAGGAAUGCGUUGAGAAGUCAAGGACCACAGCUACUGAGAACAAGAGGUCAAUUUCUUACAUUCCUUAUGGAAGGUUGCUUUCAGACAUCUUCAUCCAGAAUAAACUAGUCAAGACCUUGUCAGAGCAUGGACUUCAUGAAGAUAUGGCCAUGUCCAUUAGCGAUGCUCUCAAUGGGACCAAGUUGAAAAGAAUGCAAAUCAUGGAGAAAGUCCAAGUUGAGCCCACAGAAGACACAUAUGAAGAAGUUCGUCAGAAGAACUACCCUAUUGAUGAUUAUCCUCUCUGGUCCAAGAAGGACAAUCCAGCAAGCAUUCUGGAAUAUGUAAGAAAGCUCAGAAGCAAUGGAGAUAAAAUCACUCUUGAAGAAUUUGUCAGGACUCUUCCUGACAGUCCUCCUGAAAUGCCAACAAGGAGAGCCAAGAGAACAAUCAACAAGCCUUCAGAUCCCAAAGGCAAAGGGAUUCUGAUAGGGAAGACCAAGAAAAUAAAAGCAGCAUCAAAGUCUGUAGUCAUCAGGGAACCAGUUCCAGAAUCCUCUCCUGAAAGAACUCCAGAAGAGUCAUAUGAGGAAUCUCAAUCUGAUGAUUCUGAGAGCUCUAUGGAUUCUUCCUCUGGAACCCAAGAAGAAGAAGUUCCACCUAGAAAGAAUGUCAAGAGGAAAGCAAUUAUUGAAGAAUCAUCUGAUGAGGAAACCGAAGAUGAUGUUCCUCUGGUAAAAAGGCAAAGAAUUCAAACAACUCAAGUUGAAGAAGAAGUUGAGCCGGAUGACUGUGAGAUCAUUGAAAAUGUGUUCCAAGUCAUAAGGAAAUCAGCAGAAACUGAAGAAUCCACUGAUUCAGAUGUCGAGCCCAUAGGCAAGAGGCUGAAACUGCCUCUGAAGGGUCCACUUCAGAAGAAGGAGUCACGACCAAAGCAAGCAUCUGAAAAGAUCUCAGAAGUACAAAGAGAAAGGAGAUCAAAGACAGCUUCAGAUCCUGCAAGGACUGCUAGACCCACCAGAUCCACCUUUCUCAGAGAAUCAAGUAAGGAACUUACUAAAAGCAUUAAUAUAGAUUCUGCUUUAGUAGUUAUUCCUGAACAACAUCUUCCAACUUUGAAGAUCAACUCCAAGAUGCUGCUGAAACUUCCUAUGUAUCCUUGUCCAACUAUUCUGCAGUAA